GGAAUAGAACAAAUGAAAAAAACAAAUUAUCAAGGAAAACAAAACAAUUGUAGUAAUUGUUUAAUGUUUUAGUGAUUUACUUAAGGCUUAAUCCUUGUUAUUUAAAAUUGUUAUAAUGUUUUGAAAUUUUACACAAAAAUGUCGCAUAUGCUAGAUUUUAAGAAAAUAUGUCGGGCUUGUUUAUCUGACGCUGGUCCAUUAAGCGAUUUAUUUACUGUUUCAACUUCAGGAAUAUUCAAAUAUUGCACGUCUGUUGAGAUUUCUGAUAGUGAUUCCAUGCCUAAGUUAAUUUGUCAAAAGUGUCUAGAUCUUCUAAACAAGCUGUAUAACUUUAAGCAAGUAGUUGUGAGAUCAAAUGUAAUAUUAAAACAACAAUGGAAGUUACAGGUCAAACCCGAAUCUCAAUUUACCGAGAACAAUGAAAACAGUUUACUAGAUGUGCAUAUAAAGGAAACAACUGAUGAUGUAUUAGAAAAUUUAACAGAUAAUGUGACACAAAAUAGUAAUGAAAAACCAUAUGACACAGCUAGUUUAAUAAGUCAAAUUCUCGCCCGUCGCAGGCGAAGGGGUCCAGGACGACCCCCAAAAGAAUCGGGUGGGGCCCAACGCCGCUCCGAGCGAAUGAAAUGCGUCAAGUGUGGCAAAAGUUUCCAAAAGUAUGAGAACUUUGAGGCACACAUGAGAGGACAUUUUGGAAAACAGCCAGAUAUAAAAUGCAAGCAUUGUGACAAGACGUUUCUCUCACUACGAAGUUUGAGUAGCCAUAUUCGCAUUCACAGCGCGGUUCGAAAAUACCAAUGUCUAUCUUGCGGCAAGAGUUUUGCUUAUCUCAACGUUUUGAAGAACCAUGAACUAAUACAUGCCGGUGUUAAGAAACAUGAGUGCCAUAUGUGCGAUGCGAAGUUUGUUCAGGCGUAUAAUUUAAAGAUGCACAUAGACACACAUAACAACGAGAAAAAGUACAGCUGUGGGGAAUGUGGGAAGCAGUUUGCUCAGCCCGGGAACCUUAAGACCCACCUGGUGAGACAUUCCGGGAUCAAGAAUUAUGCCUGUUCCGCUUGUGAUAUGAGAUUUUAUAUUAAGGCAGAUUUAGUUAAACACAUGCGGUCACAUUCCGCUGAGAAGCCAUUCUCUUGUCACAUGUGCGAUAAGACAUUUAAAAGUAGAAGUUUUCUGUCAAUACAUAUGAGGACUCAUACAGGUGAACGUCCUUACGCCUGCGAUAUAUGUCCAAAGAAGUUCAUGGCACGAAAAGACUUACGCAAUCACAGAAUGAUCCAUACCGGCGAGAAACCCCACAAAUGCCAACUAUGCAAUCAGGCGUUCAUACAGAAAUGCGCGUUAAACCGGCACAUGAAGGGACAUAGUAAACCUGAUUUGAUCAGGGAGAUGCCGAUUGACAAUACACCGCAAAUCGGUUAUCCAUAUUUGUGAUUAUAUAGAUUAAAAAAUCUUGUGGAACUCGGG